UUGCAACAAGUCCGUGUCGUCGUUUAAACGUUACGCCGCGGCAAUUAUCCAGACGUACAUUAUUGUUACAAUGUUAACGAAAUAGCUAAAUUUAUCGAUAGAAAAGGAAUGUGUAGUGUUAACCGUGUCGUCUUGAAUUAUAUUGAUUGUAUUGCACAGAAUAUCCAUGAGAACUAUGUCGAUAGUAAUGUGAAAGAUCAGAAGAAUUUCAGUAAUUGAAAUUGUGACAACAGUGAGGCGAACAUUCAUCGUUAAUAUGGAUACCAGAUACUGGGUUUAUUGGAUUUUCUUCGUUCUUUCGAUUGCGACAACAGUCACAUACAGCUCCCAAACAAAUCCUCAGACGGAAUAUCCAAGCAAUGAAGAACGUAAUUUCACAGUCGCGUGCAAAAUAUUGUGCAAAGAUUCGCUGACAUCGAACAGACCGAAAAGAGAAGCACCACCCGAAUUUACAAUCAUCAAACAUAAAUCGCGACCGUCUAAACAUCGUCCCAGCUAUCGAUCGCGACGGCGUCCGAAACCUAAGCCUGUAUACGGGCCACCGAAUUUCAGUUACGGUUCUCCAAUAUCUGACUACACUUUGGGAUAUACCACCCAAGGGAAAAAGACGAAAAAUGGGGCGACAUCCAUUUUCAGUAACAGUAACUUAGACACACAAUACGAAACGGAUUUCGCUCCGUCGUUAAACACAAAUCUGUACAGUGGUCACAAUUCAUAUGAGUCCACAUUCAAAGGGAGCGGAAACGCAUACAUUUCACCACCUUCAAGCGGAUUGCUGCCAUCUCUUCCUAUUGUAAAUUAUGGAUCGGAUGCAACGUUGAGCUUUACACCACCGCCACAGGAAACGUAUUCAAAUCAGGGAUAUAAACAUUUCGGCGAACCGCCGAAAUUACCGAAAAUUCAUGACCUUACAGGUUCCGGUACACAUAACGUAAAAUCGAUACCUCCAAGUACAAAUUAUGGAGUGCCUGUUGUUCAAAUUCACCAACAGAAUCAACCGCAAAAUAUUCAAACAUCAAAUAAUCAACACCAAGACUCGUACAUUUCGAAUCUGUACAACUCUUUUAGCACACCGACCCAAUCGCAAAAUUUCAACAAAUUGCCCAACUUACAAUCAACGUACACGAAUAAUCCAAUACUCUCAAAUGCUGGUAUCGUAGGCAUCGGAUUAAAUGCAGCUGCUGGGAUCAGUCAGAAUUCCGGCAAUUCAAAUUCCGGUAAUGCAAAUGCAGGCACCUUCAAUUCUGGUUCCUACAAUUCGGGAAACUAUAAUUCGGUGAAAUUCAACUCUGGCUCCAUAAACAAUGGAAUCAGUCCAUCAGAUCCUUCAUUCAAUCAAAAUACCUUAAAUUCGCUAACAUACAACACAUACGCAACGUCUCAGCCACCGCAAGUUAAUUACGUUCCUUCAUCGGUGACCAUAAGCAGUUCAAAGGAGAUAACCCUGAAUCGAAAACCGUCAUCUGGAAAAUUUGCCGAACCACCGGCUAACUAUGUUAACUCGUAUCAACCCCCAAUAACCUCAUACGAUGUUCCGAUUCAGCAUGACCCGUCAAAGACGACGUACAACGUUGAUGCACCAGAAAAUCAAUUUCAACCAACAAUUUACAAAUCUCCUCAAAAUACUUGGAAUCAAUCACCAAGCACAACAACUGAACGACACAGGUAUCUACCACCAACGCUUCCCACCGCCUACGACAACAAUCAGUUUAACAGUUUUUCCAGGGAAACUGACUAUUCUAGCAACUAUAAUCAGCAUACGGAUUUCCUCGAUACUGACGGUGACUAUGGCAGCAUAUUCGAAGUACGACACGAGUCCAAGAAAAUUCCAAAAACGAAAUUGACGAAAACCUACGCUGGAACAAAUCUAAAAACGGAAGACAGCUCAAUUGAAUCUGUCGAGAUACCAUCCGACGAAUAUGUGGACGAGCUUAUCAGUGCACCAACAACGAAAAAGCCUCGAACACGACGACGUCGACCCAGACCGACUGUCCCAUCAACAACACCACACAUUUUGGACACGGAAGAUUUACGUGAUGCCUUUUCAUCCGGCACAGUUCAGUAUUCGUUGGCUGUAAAUCCGAAUGAAAAAUCAUCAAAAAGCAGCGCCAAAUCCCAGUCGAAAGUGGCGAAAGAUAAAAAUUUUGUACUUUUGUCAGCAGCUAAUACGAAUCGCAACUGGAGCAGACAAUAUCCGAAGAGACCGGAACCAUCAUUCGAUCCAAUUAACGAUGUUAAAGAAUUUCUUCAAAAUGAUUCGUCGGGAAAGGCUAAUAGUAGUAACAACGGUAUCGAAAUUCUAUCAAUACAAAAAUCGAAAUCGCACAGCUAUUACGCGGGAACUGUGGCUCCGCCGAGAUCGUUUAAAGAGAAAGGGAUCAGCGCCAGAUACGAUCAGCCCAAAUACGACGACAGCAUGUUCAAUGUUGUUUCGACGAAUGUACGGAUGGCCAAUAAAAAUAAAUCGAGCUCGCACCUGACGACAACUGGGUCUCGGCGAACGAAGAAACAAAACUUUGAAGAGAGUAAAGAAGUGGAAGAUGCCGCAGCGUCAAAGGAUAUUGAUCCAAUUUUUUGGAAUGGGCAUAAAUUGCCAGAUAAUCAUAAAUUAGCGAAAAGGGUCGCGUAGGUAAGACGCGAACCGUGACGGUUCGCUCAAAUUCACCAUUUGAAUUAAUUCUGUUUUUUGUUGUUAAAUAAAUUAAGGAAAAAUGUU